ACCCCCCGGAUAAGGGUCACGGCCCUCGGCGGGCGUUGCUGCGCACCCCUGCCCGUCACCCAGGCUUGUAACAUAGGGAGACGCGGUCUGGCGAUGCUCCUGUCAUGUGCAGGAUGCGAGAAACCGAUAAUGGAUCAGUAUCUGCUGAACGUUUUGGACCGUGCAUGGCACGUCGAAUGCGUGCGGUGCUUCGACUGCAGAGCCGCGCUACAGGACAAGUGCUUCUCGAGGGAGGCGAAGCUCUUCUGCAGGAACGACUUCUUCAGGCGAUACGGCACCAAAUGCGGCGGCUGCCUCCAAGGGAUAAGCCCGCAGGACCUCGUGAGGAAGGCGAGGGACAAGGUUUUCCACCUGAAUUGCUUCACCUGCCUGGUGUGUCGGAAGCAGAUGAGCACCGGCGAGGAGCUCUAUGUCCUGGACGACAACAAGUUCGUCUGCAAGCAGGACUACCUGUCGGGCAAACCGCUGCCGGACACGCAUCACGUGCACGGUCAUCACGAACCGUCCAACCUGUCAGCAGGCGGAGAUUCGCUGAUGGGCUCAGGAUCGGAAGACGAGGACGAGGACGGUAGUGCACACCAUCAUCAUCACGAUCCAAUCGUCCGUGGUACUGCUCACCUCGGGCCCCACAACAUCGGUCCGAGCGGCCCCGGCGACCAGACCGCCGGCCACGGUGGCGAACUACCUCUCGGAGGCGAUCCUUGCAAGCAGGAGGACUCCGAAGAUCAAGGUUCCCUGGAUGGCGAUCCCGAGACGAGGGACAGCCAGACGGAGAACAAGAGUCCGGACGGCGGCGCCGGCGGUGGCAGCGGCGACGGGGGCGCCGGCUCGAAACGACGCGGUCCUCGGACCACGAUAAAGGCGAAGCAACUGGAGAUCCUGAAGACGGCUUUCUCGUCGACUCCAAAACCCACCAGACACAUCAGAGAACAACUGGCGAAGGAGACCGGUCUACCCAUGAGAGUCAUACAGGUCUGGUUUCAGAACAAGAGGAGCAAGGAGCGCAGGCUGAAGCAGCUUACGUCGAUGGGCAGGAACCCCUUCUUCGGGGGCUCGCGCAAGAUGCGCGGCUUCCCGCUGAACCUGAACCCGGGCGCUCUCGGCGGCGAGGACGGACCGCCGCCCGGUUUUCCCUACUUCGGCCCCGACAAAUUCGAAUUCGGCUACGGCGGCCCCGUGGCUUUCCACCACGAGUUCUUCGGCGCGCAUCCGCCCCCGCAUCCCCACGGGCCGCAUUUCGCCGGCACGGGAAAUCCAGUACGUAAUCUGUUUCUGACAGGCCUGGACCCGGCCAGUUUAGCGGGCAUGGCAGCGGCAGUGGCGGUGGCAGGGGAGUAUCCACCUCCGGGCGCGGGGGGCGGCCCUCCGGAAUUUCUCACGGGGCCCCCCGGGCAAGGGCCUCCUGCGCCCACCGGCGGCAGUCCUGGCGAGUUCCUAGCACCUUCAGGUGGAGGGCAGGGUAAUCCGAGCGGCGGCGCAUAA